AUGGAGGACCACAAGCUAACUAGCUUUGCAGUAUCUUUAGGAGCUAGACAAGCAAGCUGUGUGGUGUGGUGUAUGGCUGUGGGGAUCUCCUACAUUAGCGUCUACGACCACCAAGGUAUUUUCAAAAGAAAUAAUUCCAGAUUGAUGGAUGAAAUUUUAAAACAACAGCAGGAACUUCUGGGCCUAGAUUGUUCCAAAUACUCACCGGGGUUUGCAAAUAGUAAUGACAAAGAUGAUCAAGUUUUAAAUUGCCAUUUGGCAGUGAAGGUGCUGUCCCCAGAAGAUGGAAAAACAGAUAUUGUGAGAGCUGCUCAGGACUUUUGCCAGUUAGUAGCCCAGCAGCAAAAGAGAUCUACAGAUUUGGAUGUAGAUACGUUAGACAGUUUACUUAGUUCAAAUGGUUACCCUGAUCCUGAUUUAGUAUUGAAGUUUGGUCCUGUGGACAGCACAUUAGGCUUUCUUCCCUGGCAAAUCAGAUUGACUGAGAUUGUCUCUUUGCCUUCCCACCUAAACAUCAGUUAUGAGGACUUUUUCUCUGCCCUUCGUCAAUAUGCAGCCUGUGAACAGCGUCUGGGAAAGUAGUGAUCCCUGGUUGCAUAAUUUGAUUUCAGGCUUUUGGAGAAAAGGACCCAAGUGACUCUGAUGUUUACAAAGCACCUAUGAAACCCUGUGCACACCUAGUUCAUAUUCCUCAUAAUUUAUCAACAAACACAAAAAAAGUGUCUUAAUUGAGAGUGAGUGUAUGGCUCUGUGUGUGUGUGUGUGUGUGUGUGUGUAUGGAAUUAAACUUAUAAAUGGGGGAAGUAUUGGAUAAUGAAAUAUAUAGACCUACAACUUUGAGCAUAUAGCAAUGUUAUAGGAGCCAAGAUUUCAGAUAUAAAGCUUUGGGCCCCUACUACUUCCCUGUUUUUGUGGGGAGUAGAGGGAGAGAGUGACUAGAACUGUUUGGGUUGUUUGGGGAGAAGGGAAUAAUUUUUGUUCAGUCUUUCCUAGUGACCAAACUUUAAUUUUUAAAAAUAAUAUAUUAUUAAAUCAAGGUAUUCUCAGUUUGAGGGAGUUGCAGGGGAGUGGAGUUCUGUGUUGCUCACUUGUUAAAAGCUUGCUCCUCUUCAGAGGAGAGAGAAUAUCUAUCUUGAGAUAUCCGUCCACUUUCAUUUCUUACUUCAUUGUAGUUAAACAAUGUGACUUGAGAAUGUU